AAAACCUGAGAACGAUUCACUUGCGAGGAGCAGGCUGGUUUUCGUUGUGGUCGAGGAUGCAUUGAUCACAUCUUCACCCUCCGCCAAAUGUUAGAACACCGUCAUACUUAUCACAGGCCAACAAUCGUAGUGUUUCUUGAUAUCAGGGCUGCCUUCGAUUCGUUGGACAGGACUGUUCUCUGGGAUUGUCUAUUGAAGAAGGGUGUGCCUGAGAAGUUCAUUAACAUCUUAAAGGCCCUGUAUACGAACACCUCAGGCAGAGUAAGGGCAUACAAUCACCUUUCUCCCUUGUUCCAUUCGAGCAGUGGGGUUAGGCAGGGUUGCCCGAUCUCACCAUUCCUCUUCAACUUUGCCAUCGACGACAUCCUGGAAACAGCUCUGAUGGAUGUAAGUAAUGGCGGUGUGGAUAUGUUGCCUGCAGAACGACUUCUCGACCUCGAGUAUGCGGAUGAUAUUGUCUUACUGCGUGAUAAUGCCCAAGCCAUGCAAUCCGCACUUAAUCAGUUGGCAAUCAGUGUCCGCAGGUACGGCAUGUGCUUUGCACCCUCCAAGUGCAAAGUACUCCUACAAGACUGGCAGGAUUCUCAUCCUGUACUCACCCUGAAUGGUGAGCAGAUUGAAGUAGUUGAGAAGUUCGUGUAUCUAGGUAGCUACAUAAGUGCCGGAGGUGGCGUGAGUGAUGAAAUCGAUGCACGUAUAAUGAAAGCCAGAGCGGCUUAUGCCAAUCUAGGCCAUCUUUGGCGCCUUCGUGAUGUUAGUCUGGCUGUAAAAGGUCGGAUCUACAACGCGUCGGUCAGAGCAGUUUUGCUCUAUGCUUGUGAAACCUGUCCUCUUCGAGUUGAGGACUCUCUGUGUUCCAUCAUCGUUGUCUCCGAAGGAUUGCUGACAUUCAGUGGCAACACCAUGUUAGUAAUGCAGAGGUUCGGCAUCGUGUGUUGGGGCGCAGAGACGAUAAUUCAAUUGGUGUCACCAUCUUGAAACACCGACUUCGGUGGCUUGGACAUGUUUUACGAGUGUCGUCCCAGAGGCUUCCACGUCGUGCAUUAUUUGCCGACUCUGGGACUGGUUGAAAAAUGCGGAGAGGAGGUCAGUGUAUGACAUGGUGUCGUAGCAUGAAAGAGAGCUGCAAAGGGCUAGCUUCUGUUGGUCCUUCACGACUCCCUGGCUGGGGUCCGAGAGAUGAUGCAACACAGUGGCUAGAGACGUUAUCGGAUAUGGCUCAGAAUAGAAGCCAGUGGCGAGCCUGCUGUAACCUUCUUCUACUUUCUUCAUAAAGAGUGGCUAUAACUUUCGUAACUGAGAGAGCUCUUCUGGUUGUACAUUCAGUUCCCCCCAUCAUUACUCUUCUCCUUUUCUUUUUUUCCUUUUUUUAUAUAUACGCAUCUUCUUCCUUCUCCCAUUCUCAUUAUUUUGUGUGGCGCAUAUGUAUCCGGUGCCCUUUGUACCAAUAUAUAUGUGAUUAAAUAAAUAAUAAAUUGAAAGACAUGGCUCAAAAUCGUUUGCAAUGGUGCAGGUGCAUCUACUCUUUGUGUUCUGCCAAAUUCUAAUCCUCUGAAUUCCUCAUGUCCUUAUCCUUUUUCUCUUUCCAAAUUUAUUUCACUGUAUUACACUCCUUGAAUAACAUAUUCAAACCCUAAUCUUUCGGUUUACUGCUUAUACUCUUACUACCUCUACCACUAUGGGAUCUGAAUCGACAACUGCAUCUCUGUGCUAAUGUGGUAUGGCAACUCGAACUGAUGUAUGUACGUACGAAGUUCUACAUUGUAACUGACUGACGAAUUAUUAUCGCCCUAAAAAAUAAGUAUAUAUAUUUGGGACUGUACAACCUUGAAAAUGAAUUUGCCGAAAAGAGACCUCUUCGCGGAACCAAUUUUUCUUAUUUAAUGUCUUAAUUUGUUCAGCUUAUUUAAGUUCAAUGUUUGCAUUUGCGUUAG